AAAAUUUAGCAAUUAAAUGGCGUCCAUGUCCCGUGAUCGCCGAUCUAGCAGUUGCACCCACCCUCACUUGAGCCUCCCUACUUGGGCCGCUUGGGCAGUGCACGUUCAGUUUCGUCGUCGGGGAUCAUCGCGGACUUCCGUAGACCACGGUCGCGCAGACCCAGGUCCCAGGUGCCGGCGUACGAGUCCGCCGCUGCUCCAGUGUACGCCGCCACGUUCCGUUCGUCUCUCAGCAGCCCCUCCACUUCCUCGCUGUAAAGCCCUACCCUGGUGUUCGCGCGUCUUGUUUCUGCAGGUGUUCAUAUCCCGCUGUAGGGGUUUCCCGUUCGGGGUCAGGUUGAUCGUUUCCCACGGGGGUCGUUCUUUCGGGACGGUGUUCCAUUCCAGGACCGAGACGCACGAAGAUUUUGCGGUCGCCCUUCCCUCCGCCGUGUGCUGUAGCGUGGCGUGGUGGGCCCCUCUCUAGGGACGCAGGACCUCCUCGAACUCUGGUAAAAAGACGCUCUCACAUAGCCCCUCCAGUUUCAUGUGCCUGGGCAGUCCCAGAAUCGUCUUCUUUGCCUCGUUAAGUUGGCCGCCGAGCCUCUUGAAGUGCAUCUUGCUAAGGGUGUGGAAGCCCGCCGCAUAGGUGACUUUGGAAAACUGCACCUCAGCACCGCGUCGCCGGCCAAACGCGAUACCACCACGGUCUUUCGCUCGCUGGUUUUUCAAAUUUAAGUUUUGCGCUUGCCUACUCUUGUGGAAGUUUGAAGAUCAGUAUGCCGGUUUGUUGCGCGCCCGGAUGCAGCAGCGGGUACGCCUCACAGCCAAAGGGGGGCCGGCAUUUCUUCAAGCCACCACGAGAAGAUCUCCAAGCCUGGGAAAAUGCACUACGCCGAGCUGAUUUCCGCCUGACGGAGAAAAGCACGGUAUGCGAUUUGCACUUUGAUAGCAGUCAGAUUAGCACACACUAUGAGCAUCAGAUUGGAGGUCAGACAGUGCUCAUACCAAGAGGCAAGUGGCUUUUAAAAAAGAAUGCAAUACCCUGCCUUGCUGUCAGCGGUCCUUUUUCGAAGCGGGCAGCGCAGAGUGCUGCAAAGGGAGGAAAAGCAUUCGCAAAAAGGGCAGAUGAGACCUCAGGGACAUCUUCCUGUUCCCAAGUGGAGCCUUCCUCUCUGCAGGCAUCAGAAUUCCAAACAUCGGAGACCAAGGAAGAUAGUGGUGGCAAGUGGCUCCUGAAGAAGAAUGCAACACCCUGCCCGGGUUUCGGCGGGCCUUUUUCCAUACGGACGGAGCAAAGUGCUGCAAAGGGAGGAACAGCAUUUGCAGAAAGGGACGAUGAGACUUCUGAGACAUCUUCCUGUUCCCAAGCAGAGCCUCCCUCUCUACAGGCACCAGGAUUCCAAACAAUAACAAUAAAGACUGAAGAAGGGGAGUGUGACAACUCUGCUACCUUUCACUUGCUGCCGAGUGAAAUGGAAGCAAGCGAAUAUCAAAAAUCAGAGGCCGAAGAAGGUGGGGGUGACAACUCUGCUACCUUUCACUUGUUGCUGAGCCAAAUUGAAGCAAGCAAAUGGCUUGACAACUGGUUGGUUGACACAUCUGUGGAGGAACGCAUCAUUUUUGCCAAGUUAGCAAGGGACAGUGACGAAUCUGUCAGUGUUGAAAGGGCCGUGGUGCUCAGAGAGGACUUAACAGUAACUGUGAGUUCAAAGGGAAGACUUGUUCCUGAAGCUACCUACAGUAGUUUUGAAACCAGAAGUGAACAGACUGCACUAACAUUGAGGAAUAUGAACGAAGUCAGGUCAUUCCUGAGGUAUGUGAACAGCCUCGAGGUUUGCAAAGGUUGUCACGCUUCACAAUGCCCAAGCAUCGAAACCUCAGUGACAGCAGUGAGACAAGGCGAUGUCUGGUAUCGAAAGAACUGCAUGGUUCUCUCGGAAAGUCAGCAGUGUGAAGAAUGCACCAAGCUCCAAAAGCUGCUUCGCCAACGAGAAAAAAGAAAGUCUGCCCAGCCAAACACACAAGCAGAGAUUCAGUCUCGCUCAGAUGUCCGAUCUCUGAGAAGAAAAGUGCUUAGGGUAACCGAAGUUUGUGAGAGACUGAAAGAGGAGGUUCAAAACCUCAAGUGUCAGCUAUUGUCAAUGCCUCAAGAAAAAAAUUUAUGAUGCCAUGAAACAGCUUCCGCACUCAGCAGCUGGCUUUCCGAACUGCGCUGGACACAAUCAAGAAAUCUGCAAGAUGAAUGUGAUGCGACACAUAGUGGAUCGUGACAUGCCUGCCCCUGGAGAUCACGAGUCGACAUGCAUAAGCAGAUAACACAGAUGAACCUCCUCCUGCUUCCAUCUGCCGAACGACUCUAGUCAUUCAUCAAGAGAGCUCCACGUGAAUUUGGGUUCAACCGAGUAGCCCUUACAAGCAUAGGGGCUUAACUUGCUGAUGAGAAAGGAAUUUUGCAUUAUAGAACCUUAAUCCUGGACGAAGUAAAGGUUUAAAAGGCAGUUUCCUUAAACUGUUGCACUUACAAACUGGACAGUUUCGUGGACUACGCAGACAGAUUGAGCGGACGAGGCAGUGCUGCAGGCGGGGACGGAUCAAGCAAACAGGCUAGUGCUACAGACAGUGCACCAGUAGCCGUGUUUGUUUCACGACAGGGUUCAGCCCACAGCGUGCUUUGCAACGCGGAAUGCUACACCUGGAGCUGUUCUUGUGCAACUUGUUGUUUUGCCGGCCAUGCUGAAACUUGAAAAUUAGAAUGCUGCAGUCGUUACCAUUAUCAGUGGCGGUGCCACAAUGAACAAAGCAAUGUGAUCGAAGUGUGGGAUAUAAAAAAAACGACGGCCCAUUUCGCAAAGUCCCUCAUACAUGUGACCGUUGUCCCGCCUUGUACCUUUUGUGUGACAUUCCCCACUAUAUAUAGUACAUUCGAAAUCAUCUUCACCGUCACGAGUGCAGCAUGAAUGUGCAGGUACGAAAUGGACUUCAAGCACUACAAGCUCCAUUACGAGGCCGACGGCAGGCACCGAGUACAAGCCGUGCCCAAGCUUUCCAAGGAGCACAUGGACCCCAACAACUCGAGGAAAAUGAACAUCGGGCUGGCAGUUCAGUCAGACCACUGCUCCAGGCCUGAGCAUGCACUCCCGUCUCAAACAUCCUGGCCUCGAGGACUGUGCUGGAACGAAACGCUUCGCUGUCCUUGUGAACGACCUCUUCAACGCCAUAAGUGCUGAACAUCCUAUGCACGCAGUGUAAAAGAAGGCUCAGAGAUGACUGUAAGCCGGUUUCUUAAAAGCGUUUUACUUGCUAUAGAUGUGGCAUUUAGAAUGUAGCUAUGUUCAGCUAGAAUUAACUGGUGUGGAAUACAAGCAGUAUAUUUGUUAUUUAAUAUGAGAUGUUUCAGCUAAUUUGUAACAAGACUUAAAAAAGGUGGUGCUUGCUGCGCAUGUCGAUCCAACACAAUAUUGUUUACAGCAGUCUUAUUGAGCAAGUUGAGAUGAAUUUUGCAAUGUGCCAAACUUGCUUGUUAGCGCAGGUUAUUUAGUUAUUUUUUUAGAUCCCGUAUUUACUAGAGUAAUAGCCAUACUAUUUAUGAACAAGGUCCUUGCAUCUCCUUUCCCACAGAACACAUAUACAGCCAAUCAUUGCGUUACGCAAAAAUGACAUAGCGAGUAACCGGAUAGAGAACACAAUUCUCCAUAUAAAUGCAAUCUUCACAGAUGGUAUCUUCGCAUGAAGACGUUAUCUUUCUCCCGUAAACAGCUGGAAUCAUGCUGUCGAUCGCAGUGAUUGGUAAUCUGCGUGCUCCUCGAGAAAUCCAACCCUCAGGUUUUCUUCAUAUUUGGUACGGCUAUUACUUGAGUAAAUACGGUACUCAUUUGUGCACCGAACCUCCAGUACAAAAGUUCCAGAGCUUGUCGAGAAAUAAACCAUUGUGUUGUUGACAUCAAUGUAGCCUUUGUGUUUCUAAUUUUUUUAUCUCUAAAGAAAUCGAGUGAGAUUUAAAAAACAAAUACCACAUGACCACCCUCUAGCGAACCGCAAUGUUCAGUCACAUGGAAUAUUUGUUAAAUCUCGUGCACAUUCUUCAAACGUUUAAAAAAAAUUAGACACAUGGAGGCUAUCUUGAUAGAAAUGACACAGUGGUGUUUUUCUCAAAACAUUCUACAAUUUUCGCAUUGGGUGGUUUGUGCACAUAAAUAAUAUUUAAAAGGUUUGCUGAAUAAUCUGCAUUAAUUAGCCAUUUUUGACAUAACACAACCUAUACCGUAGAAUACCGUGUAUCCACCCAUACCACAUUAAGCGCCCAUUCCCAAAUUUGUAAAAUCUGAGAAAAUAUGCACAGUACAUUGACAUGCAGAAUUGAUGACCGGACAAGCACCCAUCCCCCAUUUUUUCAUGAUUAUCUCAAAAUUUUGAGUGGGCGCUUGCCCGGUAUUUUACGGUAGUAGAAUCUCUAUGAUAUGCCAUAUUUGCUCGAGUAACAGCCACAUUAUUUGUGAAGAAAACCCGAAAGUUUGCUUUUUCGCGGAGCAAGCAGAUUGCCAAUCACUGCGAUCAACAGCAUGAUUCCAGCUCUUCACAGGACAGAGUUAAUGUCUUUGUGCGAAGAUACCAUUUGUGAAGAUUGCUGAGAACUUUGAUAUGGAGAAUUGUGUUCUCAAUCUGGUUAUUCGCUGUUAUUUAUGCGCAACACAAUGAUUGGCUGUAUAUGUGUUCUGUGGGAAAGUAGAUGCAAAGGCCUUAUUCAUAAAUAGUGCAGUAAUUGUGGUUUAUCCAAAUUCUGGGAUGAUACAAAUUUUUUGAAUUCCCUGGGUAAAUUACCCCAAGAGACCCUGAAAAUAAAAAAAAAUGAACUGCACGAAAAAAAAAAUUUUUAGAGCAAUAUUGACGGCGCGAGACGGGAUAUAGUUGAUAGUCACCUCCUUUCCACUUGUUUUCUCUCUCAAAAUUUCAGGCACGUGACAAAGAAGUGGAUUGGCUUAGCCAUCACAUUGAAGUGGAGAGAGUGUAUGACCAUCUCCUUGAGGUGGAAAGAGUGUAAGACCAUAUUGUGACGUCGUGGACUUUGCACGCAGAAUUUAAAAUAAAUAAUGCGCCGUCAAUAUUGCAAAAAUAAUGUUAUUUUUCUUUCGCGUAAAAUUAAUUUUUUGGCAUGCACUUCCCAAUCAGACCUAUUUUUUUCUUUUCAGGGGCCUUUUAAGUUUAUUGUGUUACAUUUUGGAAAGUCUGAAUGCUUUCCAGAGCCGCAGUGGGUCAUACGAAUGAUGAUCCACAAUGUUUAUGCAUUGUUUAGGGCAGCAUCACUCGGCUCCAACCGUAGCAGGAGUUUUUGUAUCAUUUUUUUUCGCCAUUCUUUCUACAUACGGGCCAAGCAAUCACGAUAGCCGUGGCUGCAUUAAAAUUUUGAAAACAUA